ACACUCAUCCAACUCAAGCACCUCCAGCUCCCGUUUCACAUUCUUUUAUCUUUUGACACGUUCAAUUCUGAACACAAAGCCAAAAGUUCCACAUGAAUUUUCUUCCCUCUAAUAAUAAUAAUAAUAUCUGGAUUCUCAUACAACUUAGAAGAAAACAUAGACAACUGUAGCAGUCUGCAAAGUUAUCACUCUGGACUCUCUACCUUGUAGUUUCCUUCAAGAAAAGAAAAACCAUUUCUCAAGCAUAAUCAUAAUACAAAAUCAGGUUCUGCAAAAUGACCAAUCAGAAGGUUGGAGCAGAGGAUUCUGUUUCCAUCCAGCAAGAAAACAGAGGAAAAUUGGAUUCCAAGAAGAAACUGAAGAAAGUGAGAUCAAUAAGGCUUCAAAGAUUGUCCAAAGGAGGGAAACCCCAACAUGAUAAUCUCUCAAUUCUCUCAUCUGUUACCACAGAAGGUUCAGAGGAGCAAACCCCAAUUGAAAUGGCAGAUGCAUCACCAAGUUACAUGAAGGGUACUACAAGCAGUUCUCAUGCAAAGGAUGGUUUUCAGAGUUCACAAAGAGUUCUUACUUUGAAACUAAAGAGGAGUUUGACUAGAAAGUCAUCAAGAUCAAUCAAGAUUGCAACUUCAAAAGCACCAAAAUCAACAAGAAAGCAAUCUGAAACCCUUAAUGGCAGUGAUGCUGGUGGUGACAGAUCCCAGAGAGUCAUUACCAGAAGGUUGAGCCUGAAGCCUGUAAGAUUCUUGACAAAAGUCCCCACUUUCAAAUCAAGGAAUUCUUCCAUGGAUAAAGGCCCUCAGAAGUCUAAAUCCCUAGAAGGAUCAAGGUUGAGUAAAGCCACCUGUUCUUCUGCUCUCAAGGAUUCCCAUUUCACUGAUCACAUUGAUCUCCCAGAAGAGGGAACUGUUUCUCAAGGUGCAUCAGCUAUGAAGGUUUGUACAUUUAGUUACUGCUCUCUUCAUGGUCAUCGCCACCACGAUGAUUCGCCUCCGGUGAAGCAAUUUGUGUCGACGAGAAGGCGAAUGUUGAAGGCACAAAAGUCCAUGAAAAUUGAUGGCAGAUCAAAGCAGUUUAGUAAUGCUAGGAAAUCCAAUCAGAAAACCAAAACUGUUCAGAGUGAAGAUGAAAAGAAUGACAAGAAUGUGAAUGCAUCCAAGAAAAUUGAUGAAAGUGCUACUAUGGAAUCAACAACAGAUGCAGUCAAGUUGUCUGCUACUGAUAUUGAGAUAUUGGAUGGCGGAGUAACUACAGAAGGCAAAAAUAUGGAGCCAGAUUUUGAAGUACUGCAGAUAAGUUCUGUAGAGGAAGAUCCUAUUAAAGUUCCUAGCACUACUGAUGUGGAGCCAGAUUGUGAAGUGCAGCAGAUAAGUUCUGUAGAGGAAGAUCCUACUAAAACUGCAAGCGCUACUGAUGCGGCCAAUGGAAUUCAGGAAAGAGAUCAGAAAUAUAUAAAAAUGUGGCGCAUGAUGUAUAAGCAUGCAGUACUAAGUAAUGCAGGGAAAUGUGAGAAUAAGGUGCCUUUUGAAGGGAAGGAAAAGGAAGAAAGAGAGCUAGAUGGUCCUGCGUUCGAUGGAGUAAACAGCUCUUCUAGUCAGAGUAGUUGUGAAGCUGAUCAGGACAUGGAUGAAGACAAUAAGAAUGUAAUUGAACUUGUGCAGAAAGCAUUUGAUGAAAUUCUUCUUCCUGAAGCUGAAGGCCUCUCUUCUGAUGAUAGUUUCAAACAUAGAGGCACUGGAUUGGACGAGGUAGUCCAAGAAAAGAGUGAAGGUGCUGGAGAAGAAAGGAAUACAUUGACAUCAACUGAAUCUCUUAAAGAAGAACAGACGAUGGGAGCUAAACCUGAUCAAAGAACACCCAAAAGCUGGAGCAAUCUGAAAAAGAUAAUACUCUUGAGAAGGUUUGUAAAGGCAUUGGAGAAGGUAAGAAACAUCAAUCUCAGAAGACCUAGACAAUUGCCUUCAGAUGCUAACUCGGAAGCAGAAAAAGUUUUUCUCAAGAACCAAACAGCAGAAGAGAGAAAAAGAGCUGAGGAAUGGAUGCUUGACUAUGCACUUCAAAAGGUUAUAUCGAAACUCGCACCGGCUCAAAGACAAAGAGUUACACUCUUAAUAGAAGCUUUUGAAACAAUUGUGCCAUUUCAAGAUACUGAUGUUAGCCAGCAGUCUUCUGCAACAGUGGAGCCUCAAGCACAUCCAAUUCAAUCCCUUGAUGAUUUCUCAGGUCAUAGCAAAGAAGAAACAGAUGAAGGAAAGGUUCAUGAUUUUUCUACUAAGAUAUUGCUCGGAAAAGAAUCAUGUUCUCUCAAUAGUACUAUGGAACUUUCAGAUAAUGAAAUUCAUAGUACAGUUCCUGAACUGCAAAAUUCUAUUGUGCUCAAAGAAAGAUGUCUCGACUCUCCUGGAACCAUUGAAGAUGACUUCAGUGGAAAGCAAAAUUUAGCCAGAAGUUUUGAUGAUGGGGAGAAGAUCUCAAUUGACAAUGAUAAUAUUUAUCAUGGAGAGAUUGAAGAUUCUGGAUCACAUUCCUUAUGUAAGCCAGAUGAAAUUAUAAACACCUCUCAUGAGGAGACUCCAACCAAUGAAAUAGUCAAUGAAGUUCCAGAAGAUUUGAUAUCAAAUUUGGACACAGAAAAUUCAAAUAUCAAAUCUGAGUCAUCUGGAAGAGAUGCUGAAACCAAGGAUAAGAUUGGUGAUCAUGUGGAACAGCUUUCUGUGUCCAAAAGUUUUAUCCUGAAUGGUCUUGUUAGAUCACUCAGAUCUAAUUUGGUUGGUUCAGGAUCAUCUUCAAACCUGUUAGAUGAACCUCCACACCUACAAUCUGAAGCUCCUAAGAGUGCUGUUGCAGAACCUGAGACCCACCAAGAAAAACAAGGCUAUAAAGGAAUGUGGUACAUGGUGUAUAAGCACAUGGUAUCUGAUAUGGCUGAAAACAAUUCCAGUUCAGUAAUUGAUGAGAAAGAGUCUGUGGAUGAAGGGAGCAGAACUCAAGGAACUUCGGUCUCUUAUGAAAACAAACCUGUGACUAAUCAAGAUAUGCACUUCAAGGAGCAAGUAGCCGACCGGGACAUAGAACUCCGACAGAUUGAAGCCAUCAAGAUGGUAGAAGAAGCAAUUGAUUCAAUCCUUCCAGAUGAUCAGGACCAGUUACCGGACAGACAGCCUCUCACUGAAAGGAUCAACAGCGAAGGUCUGAACCAAAAGGAAGAAACAAUAGAACGCGGAAACAGAAUAACCCGAGAAGAAAAGGAAGAACCAGCAGAAAAGGAGGGAAACAAACCAAACCAGCCAAUGCAUAGAAGUUGGAGCAAUCUUAAAAAAGUGAUCCUGCUCAGGAGAUUCAUCAAGGCAUUGGAAAAAGUAAGGAAAUUCAACCCAAGAGGGCCUAGAUAUCUACCUAUAGAGCCUGAUUCUGAAGCUGAAAAAGUUCUGUUAAGGCAUCAAGACAUGGAAGCAAGAAAAGGCCAAGAAGAAUGGAUGCUUGAUUAUGCGCUUCGACAGGUUGUUUCGAAACUAACCCCAGCUAGGAGAAGAAAAGUGGAGCUGCUAGUGGAAGCUUUUGAAACGGUCACACCAACCAUAAAAAGCUGAAACUGGUCAUGUAGCAGAAGAACAUUGUGAGCAAAAUACAUUCAAGCCAAACAAGCAGGUAGAAAAUUAACCUCCACAAGCAGAAAGUUCCAACUUUUUUGUGUAUUUCAAUUUGCUCUUCCGCUAUUUUUAUUCUUUGAGGUAUUCUAGAGUGAGGGACAUUUGUUAAUAACAUAGAGACUGUAAAACUGUGAAAAUCAGAAAAUGUCUAGGACAAGCAAAUCAUAUCCAAAAUAAGAAAUAUCAAGUAGGCGUGUUUAUAAUCUUGUCAUUUGAUGAAUUACGAUUGAGGCAAGGUAACAGAGAAGGAAGAGAUAUGUUGAAUCAUCAAUAAAAAGAUUAUCAUAUUUUAAGAA